CCUCAAAAUUGUGCAAUUCCUCUUUUAACACAUAUGAUACCUACUGGCGACCAGCGUGUCAAACACCGAUAUGCAAAUUGAAUACUGCCUCUCUUCAGCCACUCGUCUAGUUUUAUGGAAGUCCCGAGAAGUCGUUUCUAUGGCAUUGCGCGAGGAACGAAGGACUUUGAUGCACCCUUCUCCUAUUUGUUGUUUUACGCAUUCAGUUUGUUUUCAAAGCCGGGCAUUCAGGAUUGGCUAGCAAUGGGUUAGUACGUUUCUUACAAGCCCUUGUAUUGUGAAAAUAUGUCAUGUCAACGCAAGGCAUAGGCAUUGUUCCAAAUGAAGUUCUAUCGCGCGCGGGUCACGUCUCCGUUGGAUGAAUUCUUUGCGAUUUCUGGGAUUUGUACAGUGUGAAAUACGACACCAAGAUGGGGAGGUUAGCUGACAACACUACAUUUCAUUCGAAUAUACCAGAGGCUGCAGAUAUUGUUGUUGCAAUUGUAUAUAGUAUAUUUGGGGUCUGCUCGCUGUGCGGUAACAGCGUGCUGCUGUACGUCUCCUACAAGAAGAAGCACCUUCUGAAACCGGCCGAGUUCUUCAUCAUCAACCUGGCCAUCAGCGACCUGGGCAUGACCCUGUCCCUGUAUCCUCUGGCAAUAAUAUCCAGCAUAUACCACAGGUGGCUGUACGGAAAAACCAUGUGCUUGAUCUAUGCUUUCUGCGGAGUGCUGUUUGGGAUUUGUAGUCUGACGACUCUGACUGUACUGAGCACUGUAUGCUGUCUGAAAGUCUGUUAUCCUUUGUAUGGGAACCGGUUCAACCCCGACCACGGGCGGCUGAUGAUCGCCUGCACCUGGGCGUACGCGCUGGUGUUCGCCUGCUCGCCGCUGGCCCACUGGGGCGAGUACGGCCCCGAGCCGUACGGCACGGCCUGCUGCAUCGACUGGACGUCCGCCAACACGCAGGCCACCGCCCGCUCCUACACCGCGGUGCUCUUCGUCUUCUGCUACGUCCUGCCGUGCGGCGUCAUCCUGUCCUCCUACGCCCAGAUCCUGGUCACCGUGCGCGGGUCCCGCAGGGCCGUGGAGCGCCACGUCUCCGCCCAGACGCACACGAGCAGCGUCCAGACCAUCAUCGUCAAGCUCAGCGUGGCCGUGUGCAUCGGCUUCUUCGCGGCGUGGAGCCCGUACGCGCUGGUGUCCAUGUGGGCCUCCUUCGGCCGCAUCGAGAGCAUACCGCCGCUGGCCUUCGCCGUGCCCGCCGUCUUCGCCAAGUCCUCCACCCUCUACAACCCCAUCGUCUACCUGCUGCUCAAGCCCAACUUCAGGCACACGGUGCGCAGGGACGUCGGGACCCUGCGGGAGGCGUGUUUGGGCCGCUGCCUGCGCCUCGGCGGGCUGCGGACGCGGGGCCACAGGACCCCCGCGGAGGCGGGCCCCGGGCCCCUCAAGAGGAGGAGCGGGUCCAGCUCGGCGUCGGCGCCCCCGGGGCCCAGGUGCUCCAGCUGCGCCGGCGAGAGGUGCGGCGACGCCUUCCAGUGUUUCAGGAACUACCCCGGAGGCUGCCGGCUGGACGUGAACGCCGUGCAGCUCUCCCUCCGGGAAGGCGCCUCCGCCGGGCCGGGGCGGCACCCGAAAGCCCGCCGUCCCGUCGAGAAGAAGGCCGUGAGGGUCGUCGUCCGCGGGAAGAAGAGCCCCGAGACCGAUGGCCCGGAGAUAGCCCUGGAGACGGUACCGACGCGUGCAAAAAACUGAAUGUCCCUGAUGUUAACGUGUUAUGUGCUUUAUCUCUUUUUAAAUUAUUAACUUUACAACAAAACAAACAAACAA